GUAAACCUUUCACUCAAAUUCUUGAACCAUUCUCCAGGACAUGAAGGGAUGAUAGACUGUGGACUUGGUUUUCAAUUCCCAAAGAAAAGACUAUUUGAGGACAAAGUCGUUACUUGUUUCAUACAGACUCUAAAUCCACAAAUACUGAAAUGGUCUACUUGAGUUAAUUUUUAAAAUUACUGAUGGCAUAUUUCUCCCUUUCUUGUGUGCAGGCAACAACUAUGCUCCCUCCACCACCAGGGUUGCCACUGAAGCUGACCGAUAAUCAAUCCGAAGGUGCAUCAGCCGAAUCAGUUGCCAAGAAUCCUUCGGAGAUGAAGGAUAUAUCUCAAAUGGUACCACCGCCCCCGCCUCCAAGGCAACAGCCUCCAGUGGCGGGACCUGCUCUGGUCCCAACUUUGCAUCCCGAUGUAUUACCUCCAGGAAUUUCACGGUUUCCACUACCCCCACCUCGGCCAGAUAUGCAGCGACCAUUAUCUGCUUCAGGGAUUCCUGGCCAAUCUGCUCCCCCAGGAAUGAUGGUCCCACUGAUACCUGGGCCCCCUUUUGGACCUCCUCCUGGACAUUUGCCUAUGAUGAGACCACCACUUCCCCCUGGUCCUCCUCCAAUACCACAAGAUGGUUAUGUUACUGGACUACCUGUCCCUCAGAAGCCAUCAUAUGUCAAAUCAGCUGCUGCUACCGUUGUUAAGAGGCCUCUAGCUCAGCACACUCCCGAACUUACUGCUAUGGUUCCUGCAUCUGUACGCGUGAGGAGAGAGUCUGCCCUGCCCAAAGCAAAACUGAAGCCAUCACUCUCCACCGUGGCACCGGCUACCCUGUCUCCAGCAGCUCCUGUUGGGAAACAAGAAACAGGUAACUCCUCAUCAGCAUUGAAACCACAAAGUAUCGAUGACUCGUAUAUGGCCUUCUUGGAGGACAUGAAAGCGCUUGGUGCUCUUGAUGGUUAAGCUGAUUUAUCCGGUUAGGAGGUGCAAUUGGAUCAAUAUAAGAUGCAUGAGAUGAGAGGAAAGAAACACAUACGGCCUAGUUGUGCUGGUUCGGGGACUUUUUUGGGCUGGUCCAUAUUUUGAUUUUCCCUGCUAUAAUGUCUUGGAACCAAUCUUAUGGAGCUUCACUACACAAUUUCUUCGUCUGUAGACUCAUUUCUCGAAAUCGCCUAAGGCGGGAUUUCUCUCUCUAGUGCGUAACCUUAAAAUUAAACCUCGAUGAAGUAGGAAAUUGUACCUUGUGAAUUUUACAGAAUUCGAUAUGUUUAUGUUUCUCAUUUUGU